AUGACAAGCACCGGACCCGUUAUCGUGUUUGAGUGGUUGAAGACCCUCCAGCUCUCUAUGUAUGUGGAGUCCUUCGUGGAUAACGGCUACGAUGAUCUGGAAGUUUGCAAACAAAUUGGAGACCCCGACCUGGAUGCUAUCGGUGUAUACAUACCGUACCACCGGCAACGGAUCCAUGACGCGGUGAAAAGGCUGAAAGACGAGGAUAAGGAAACGGCGGCGGGGCUGUAUUUUACGCUUGAGCCGAUGCCCCCGGCGUCUGAAAUGUACACCAGCCAUCUGGUGGACCAGUACGAUUCCAAACUGCGGGCGUCCAAGUCUUGGACCGAAUCGAACAGUGACCGGGUAGGGGGAAAAGGGGGCGCGUAUCUGGGCGCACAGAGGAACCUGACGCUUGGCAAGCGGAGGGAGUUGGUGAUUUACCCCAAAUUGAAGCUGAAGAUCAUGAUUAGAGAUAAACUAAUCAAAGAUGGAGUCAACCUCGCCAGGCCGCCAUACUCAAACAAGGGGCACCACCUGGCGUCCUACCUGGGCGCAUACCUGGUUGACCGGGGUGCCGGCGGUGGAAGUCGGCUAUGA